AGCGUAUAUACAUUUGUCUAGUUAAUUUUAUUUGGAAAAAUUUGAGUGAGUGGGGGGCCUUCAAAUAUUGUUGUGGGUGGGGAAUUAGGUGGAAGUAAAAAAGGUUGGGAUAUAUGAGUAUAUAUGACAGAACUGAAAAUAAUGCAUGUUGGCUCUCUUUGUUAAAGGUGUUUUUUAAAACCUUAAUCAGUAUUCAUGCAACUUUGAUAGUUUCAGACACACCUACACUAUGCUUUUUACCAACCACCUCUUUAGAAGUAGUGAAGCACCUCCUUGUUCUAAACAGUUACAUUUUAUUCUUAUUGUGCGCCACCGCCCUGCCCACUUUAUCUAAAGCUUUGCAUUUCAUAAAACUUGUCAGGACCGUUUCAAGCUGAGAAAAAUGAAUUUUAAUUAUUCUGACUACACUCAAGAAGAUUUACAAAUGCUAUAUGACAAUUCUGCGGAACCAUGUUUAGGGGAGAAGAAACGGAACGUAGAGCAGUACCUUCAGUUAAUCAUUCACCCCAUCAUUUGCUUUGUUGGUUUUGUCGGCAACAGCCUGGUGAUUUUGACGUACGCCCUCUACAAGCGAACCAAGUCCAUGACAGAUGUAUACCUGCUGAAUGUGGCACUCGCUGACAUCCUGUUUGUGGUCGCUCUGCCUUUGAUCAUCUACAGUGAGCAGAGCAACUGGGCCAUGGGGAACUGGUCUUGUAAGCUGCUGCGUGGUGUUUACAGUAUAAAUCUGUACAGCGGCAUGUUACUCUUGGCUUGCAUUAGCGGAGAUCGCUACCUUGCCAUCGUGCAGGCCCGCAGGUCUUUCCGGCUGCGCUCUAGAACACUGAUUUACAGCCGAUUGGUCUGUGUAGUGGUCUGGUUACUGGCCCUGAUCCUGUCCCUUCCCACCUUCAUAUUUUAUGAACGUUAUCAUCCUUCCCCUUCAGAAUUCAUUAGCCUAUACGAUAAUGAAACUUUUGAUACACCGACACAAUAUGUGUGCUUUUUCAGAUUCGAUUCCAAUUCAACGGCACGCUUAAUAAAAACGGCAGUGCCCAGUUUUCAAGUGGGAGCUGGUUUCUUCCUACCCCUUCUGAUCAUGAGUAUCUGUUAUACCAGUGUCAUCAUCACUCUCCUUCAGGCUAAGAACUUUCAAAGACACAAAGCAGUGCGUGUAGUUCUCACUGUGGUCCUUGUGUUUUUGGCUUGCCAUAUGCCUUACAAUGUAGCGCUGUUAUAUUAUACCAUUACCAUGUUUACUCCUCAGGAAUGCAGUCAUGGAGAGGCUGUAGAGUUGACCAUGAUUAUAACAGAAAGCCUGGCCUACCUGCACUCUUGUCUUAACCCCCUGCUGUAUGCCUUUAUCGGGGUGAAUUUCAGAAACCAUUUCCGUAAGAUCCUCCAAGACAUCUGGUGCAUGGGGAAGAACUACAUGUCUGCACGGCGGACCUCACGUGUCACCUCUGAAAUGUACCUUUCCACACGGCGGUCUGUUGAUGGCUCUAACAAUGAAUAUGGCACUUCAUUUACAAUGUGAUAUGGCACUGUGCAUGCAAAAUAUUUUGAUAUGUGGUAUCAUUUUUAUUUGUAAACAGUGUACUGUAAGUCUUCUGUAUCUUCAUUUUUUUUAAUUGUAUUUAGUACUAAUGCUAACUCUCUUUUAUUUUUCUAAUAUGCUCUUUUAACUUCUCCCACCAAUAUGUAUAUUUUAUCUCAAUAAAUCAGGCUAAAUAUUAUGACAAUAUGCAAAAUAGGGAAGAUGUUGUGUAAUUGCAUCUCUGCAGUCUGUCUGUUGAUGCUAUUAUAUCAUAGCAUUAUUUAUUUAAGCACCUGAAAGAUUUAAGCCUGUGCUUCUGUACAGUGUAAAAAAUGUAGUUAUUUCAACUUUAAAAUAUCAACAAAAAAAAUGUUUAAAAUGUUGUGUUGACUGACAAUUGAGUUUGAUUUUUGCUGUAAUAUUAAAAAACUUUUCUCCAUUUGUUAGUAAAUAUGAGACCAAUUUGCUGUAUUUUUACACACUAGUUUUAUUAAAACAUUUAUGUUUCUUAACAAAAGAGUGAAAGUCCCUUACCAUCUUAAGGAUACGAAAAAUAACACAUUUAAAUCAAAUGAGGUGAUGCAAAAAUGAGUACACCCUACAAAAAAUCUUUAAAAAAAACCUAUCUAAUAUUUUGUUUGGCCUUA